AUGUCAUUAGAAGAUGAUGAAAUCCUUAUUGAUGAGCUUGGAACAAUAGCUAAGAAUGCAAUGGAAAAUGUAAUUACUCAAGACCUUUAUUUUCAGCCUGAACGAGUGAAUUCUUGGUGCCAGCAGGUUAUGGAUCAAUGCUUAAAAGAGUUUAAUAACUCCCGCCCUUUAAAUUGGAAUAAACAUCUCUUCCAAUUUAGAUGGGAUUAAAUGUUUUUUUAAGAUUUUUAAAAAUUUAUAUUUAAAUUUUCUUAUAGAAAACUUUUAAAAAAAAUUUAAAUAUAUAAUAUGCUUUAAAAUUUAAUUUAUUUUUAUGAAUAAUUAAUUAAAAAAAAUCGAUUCAGUGCGAUAACUGUUUAAAUAGCAUCCAAAACUAAUUUUAUAAAAAUUAGUUUUUCACUAUUAAAAUUUUCAUAUUGAAAGCCAAAUUUGUUUCAAUUUAAAGGGGGUUUACAUACCCAAAAAAUGCAAAUUUUACUGAUGUUUGUUCCAAUUUAAAAGUGGGGAGUAAAAUGAACAAACCAUUUAAGUAUAUAGUUACUUGCUUCAUUAUGCAAAGGACAGGAGCAGGUUUUCAAUCUGGUUCAACAUGCUUUUGGGAUACAAAGACUGAUGGCCUUAUUUCAGUUACAGGAGAGUUUGCAAAUCUGAACUGCUUAGUCACAAUUUAUGCUGUGCAUGUUUAA